ACCGCGUCACUCAUUGCAGACACUGAGAGUCCCCUCCCCACAUCUCCAUUCUCUCUCUGUCUCUCUGUGUGUGUCAGGAACACAGCGACUCUUCCUUCUCCCAUUCACAGCAACGCAGGCACAGCCGAGGGAGCAGGCAGCAGGGGUUAGGGGGAAAGACGAAAAUACAAUUUCUAAUCAGGGAGGUGGACAACAAUAUCAACACAUAUAGCUUCUGGCCACCACACCCCCCGCCAGCACAGCCUGCCUGCUCGGGGCAGAUAUGGGACUGGAGCGGAGUAAAGGAGCCGUCCUCGAGCUUUCGCUGUUCGGAUAAAGUGGUCGACUUUGCCUGGCAGUCCAUGAGGACACACCAUGGCUAAGCAGUACGAUGUACUCUUCAGAUUGCUGCUGAUCGGAGACUCUGGAGUCGGGAAGACCUGCCUCCUGUGCCGUUUCACCGACAACCAGUUCCACGCUUCACACAUCUCCACUAUAGGAGUCGACUUCAAAAUGAAAACAAUAGACGUGGAUGGGAUCAAGGUGCGAAUACAGAUUUGGGAUACUGCAGGCCAGGAACGAUAUCAGACCAUCACAAAGCAGUACUACCGACGUGCCCAGGGAAUUUUUCUGGUAUAUGAUAUUACAAGUGAACGCUCCUUUCAGCAUAUUAUUAAAUGGGCCAGCGAUGUUGAUGAGUAUGCUCCUGAAGGUGUUCAGAAAAUUCUCGUAGCCAACAAAGCUGAUGAGGAACAGAAAAGGCAAGUGAGUGCAGAACAAGGUCAAAAACUUGCAAAAGAAUAUGGAAUGGACUUCUUUGAAACAAGUGCCUGCACCAAUUAUAACAUUAAAGAGUCAUUCACUAGACUGACAGAACUAGUGUUACAGGCCCAUAAGAAGGAGUUAGAUGGGCUUCGACUAUCAACCCCUGAUGAACUUAGUAUCGCUGAUUUAGAGGAGGAUGACAGCAAAAUCGAAGGGAUGAAUAACUCACAGAAAGCUUGCUGGUGCUAGAAAUGGAGCUAAACAAAAUCCAGUUCAGCGGUCUGAAUCAUUCCUCAAGACCUAGUUGCCUGCUGUUAUGUUGUGCCACCAUAAAUAUUCAUACGAAUCUUGCUUCUCUCUUGAGUUGGACUAAUCCUUCCAGUUGAUACAAAUAGAUGUUGUAUUUUUGUCCCAGCUCUGUGGCUCAACCAUUUCUUGGACUAGGCUUGUGUGCUGUGCAUUUUGUACAGUUACUGUGCUGUGAUUUGUGUUCAGGUGCUCAACUGAUGGUUCAGUCGCCCAGUUUCUACAUGACUGCAGUUUCAGUAUUUGUUUUCUAUUUGGACAGCCCUUCCAGAUACUGUAUGACUCCGUUGUUUUCACAAUUAGUUGCCUACCAUUUAUAUUGCCUGGACUUCCCCUUUUUGUGUAAUUAAUAACUAACUUCUUCAAUAUGCUUUUAAUAUAUUUUUAGCCAAGCUCAAUAAAAGUACCCUUUUUGUCAUGUUGCUGCCCAGUUAAGAAUUUUUGAACCCAGCAUGAUUACUUACAUCUUGCUCUAUUUAGAAAUUCAACUUAAGCUUGAGGUUAUGGCUUCUGGAACAGAACAAUGUUAUUGUGGACACCGUCAAAAAGUGAUAUUGUCAAUUUUGAUUUUUUAAUAUCUUGAAGCACUGUUGUGAAAUAAGCAUUAUCUCUCUUGCAUAUUCUAAGACUUACACUGCCCUGCGAGGUUAAUGAUCUGAAUGAUAUUUUUGACUGAUUUGAUGUAAUAGUUAUAAAAUUGGGUUCAGUUGUGCUUUUAUUUUUGUCAUUUGCUCCACACAUAUCCAGCACUCAUUAAAUUGGUAGAUGAUCGUUCCUCAGAGUAAGUAAUGACUGAUACACCUUUCUCUCAUUUAUCACAAUUGACCCUGCCAGAAACAGAACAUUAAAUUAUUUUCUAUGGGACAAACUAUAUCACUAAACCAGUAUUCCAUCCAAAUUCCAUUUCAUUGACAGUUUCACUUUACAGUUAUUAUGAAAUUAUUGAUUUUUUUUGCACUUUAAACAUUUUGAAUACUGAAGAAUUGCUAUGAAAAUUAAUAAUUACAAUAGUCAAGAAUAUUCUGUGCAUUGAGUUCUCUAAUUAUAAUUGUUUGUAAAUUCCUUUUUAAUAUUGGCAUCACAAACUUCCAGAAGUAAAAUGCCUUUUGCAGCAAUGUGAUAUUGUUUGGAUCCAUUUUCCUUGGAAAUAGAUUGGUGUUGCAAAGAAAACAGCAAGAAUUCCUAUCAAAUACUCAUGAAUAAAUGUGUAUUCUCAGAAAUUGCAUGUUUGAAUGAUUAGUACAGUAUCAUUUGGCUAAGAACCCAAUAUUUUUGAAGAAAAUGAAGCAUUACCCUAUUUCAAUUAAAUUAGGAUUUGGCUACCUCAGUGAUAAAGUAUUGCAGUGUGGCGAUGUUAAUAUUUCUUCAUAACUGCACACGGUUGUUCAGCUCACAGCCUGUAUCGAUUGCUUUCCUCUCUGUGGUAGAAUGCAACAUUCAUGAUAAAGGCUGAAGCAAUUAUGUGAUUUACUGAGAUUUGGCUGUUUGUUUGAACCUGAUGUUUUGAUUAUUUGUGCUUUCAGCUUUUUUCCUCUUGUAAUCAAAGAUUCUAUGAAACAUAACAACCGCCCAAUGUACUUCACUAUUCCUGGAAGAGUCAAAUGAGAGUGAUAUACUGAGUUAAAGCAUCUUAAUUUUUCUUAAUUAUUGUAUAUGUGAAGGAAAACAUGCAAGUUGAUUUUAAUUAAUUAUAAUUGCUAUUGAAAAAAAACAUGAUUCUACUCACAGAUGUCUACAAAUAAAUUUCAUCAAGGGUUUAAUUGUGUUAAUAUGUCAAUAUACCAGAAUAUUUGACUUAAUAUCACAACAGUUUUCAAUCUCACUCUAUCGUUGAAAGCAUUGUGCCAUCUGUGCUGUGUACAUGAAUUGUUUAUUGAAAUGUUCAUUGUUAGAGGUCUUACUGAAAAGUGCUCUGAAAUAUUUAUGUGUCCAUUGAUAUUUGUACACCGAGUUAUACCAUCAUUUUGUCUAUACAUUUCCUCAGUUGCAUAAAACAUUUAAUUAUUGGCUUAUGCUAAAUGUCUUGAAACUGUAAGACUCACUCUCGGAGUUUCGUAAUGAUUUUCCUCUGUUUCAACAUUUGGUUAAUUGAUAUUAUGCACAUUACAUUCCUGUGCAGAAAACUGAACUGUUACAUUGUGCAAGACAUUGUAUCCCCUGAAAAUUGCACUUAUAAAUAAGGUGUAUGGCUAUUUCCAAGUAUGGCAAUUUCAGUAACAUUUCUAGGGUUGGGUGUAUGAAUAAAAGAGAUGCAACAUCUAAUUAUUGAGCCAAAAAUACAAAAUGCAGACAUUUUGCUGAACCAGUAUAAAGCUUCAGUUCAGCCCAGUUGAAUGUUGUAUUUGAUUCUUCCAUGGGAAAGAUGUAAAGACUUUGGAAGGGAUACACAAAAGGAAUCUACUAGAAUGGCUCCAGGGAUGAAGAAAUAACUUUUAAGUGAAUAGACUGGAAAAGCUGGGAUAGAACAGAGAAGGUUAUCAAGAAAUUUGAUUGUGAUGUUUAAAAUAAUGAAUAGUUUCAGAAGGAACAGAGAAAUGCUUUCAGAAAGUUGAAGAAUUGGUAACCAGGGUGUACGUAGUUACUACUGGUAAAAUAAACUGAGGGAACAGGAGGAAAAAAAGUGAUGUUAUGUGUAACUAUUUAGGAUUUGUCAUGACCUGCAGGAUAAAGUGGUAGUUGUGAAUUUAGCAAUAGUGUCUGACAGGAAAUUAAUAUGCAAAGAAAACAAUUUACAGCAUGAAGUGAUAGGGCAGAAGGGAGAAAUUACUUCAUCCCUCCACUUAAUGAGAAAAUGGUAUUUGUUGCUGAAAUCCAUCUAUUUGAUCAUAGAAGCUUGUGUAACAAUUGCCCCCUUUCCCCUCAGACUUUAUCUGCAAUUUGAAUGCGCCUGCACAAAGGCUUGUGUUUAUUGGGAGCUUAGGUGCAAAGGUGAACAAAAUUGAACAUCAAUUUGUUUGCCAUGUAGCAAAAUGCCUUGUUUGAUUCCAGCCCAACGUUAAUCAACGAAGUUGCCAGCUUGGGCUUCAGAUCAAGAGUAAAGGCAGCUUUAGUCUGAUUGUUUUGUUUUCUUAUUAAAUAUUGAUCUUUCUGUAGCCAUUGGUCUGAAUCAGAUGAUUGCAACGUGAUAAUAA